GAUAUAAACAAUUUUUGUAUAGUUUCCUUUUGUCUUCAUAUAAUAUUUUCUUGGAACUGCAAAGAAUGGGAGGUGGUCAGGACUAUGUGUGCUCCCUGUUGACUAAUCCUCAUGCAGGGCUGUCUUUACCCCCUGAUGCUGGUACUGUUAAUCUUGUUCAAGGAGAUUAUCUCUUCUACCACUAUGGAUGUGAUGGCUUUGAUGACAGGGGCUGGGGGUGUGGAUACAGGACGCUGAUGAGUUUAAGCUCUUGGAUCCGAGGUCAGAAGUUACGAUCUCAUGACAACAGCGGCUUCUCGACCCUGGCUCCUGUCCCUGCCAAUAAAAACAUUCAGGAAAUUCUUACCAAGAUUCAGGACAAACCACCUUCAUUUAUUGGUUCACAUGAUUGGAUUGGCUGUGUUGAGGCUGGCUAUGUGCUGGAUGAACUGUAUGGGGUUGAGUGCCGUAUUGUCCAUGUUGCUUCCGGUGCUCAACUUGACAAGCAUGUGCCUGAGCUGGUGGAGCACUUCAAAGUUCGAGGUUCUCCUGUGAUGAUGGGGGGUGAUCGUGACAACCUCUCUAAGGGCAUCAUGGGCAUCUGUCAGUGCAAGGAUAUGACCUAUCUUCUCGUUGUGGACCCACACUUCUGGGGCGAGGCUCGUGACCGGAACUCGCUGCAAUCUGAAGGCUACGUCCAAUGGAAACCCUUGUCCGAGUUUGAUGGAAAUUCCUUCUAUAAUUUUUGCCUACCACAAUUGUCUGCCAUAGCUUCUCUCUAGUUGGGGGCACUCCAGAAAGGAAAAUGUAGAUUUUAAUGUCCAUUGACAUAUCCAGGAGCCUCGUGCAACUUGGUCCCUCUUCCAGUUUAUUGCUGUCCUCUCUGCAAUCAUAUUUUUCACUCUAAUGGAUAACAUCUUCUCUGGAAGAUGGCUCAUUAUGUCCUAAAUAAAAGAUAGUGAAUAAUUAAUCAACUCUGUAGCUAUGGAUUUGUUUCUUAUGUUAUUUAAUCAUUUCUUGUUGAUUGAUUCUACUUGCAGGAUAAGAUGCCAAAUGUGAUUGAGUUGCUCCUUGGAUCUCGUUGUGUAUUAUAGAGUUGACGUCAAGUUACUGCAAGCUGGUCAUUUUUAUUUCAUGAACUACAGGCGGGGUGCAAACAAUUGUUGCUAUAACUUAUAUGCUCAAGGUGUUCACUGAUGAUUUCUGCAACCGAAUUGACUAAAGGUUCUGUGGGAUCACGUCAUAUUUUGUCUCCCUUCACCAGGAAAUAUUAUUUAUUAAAAAAAUUAUGUGCUGGAAAUAUGACACAUUGUCAUGGCUUUAGUCAGUGCUAAUGUCAGGGUAACUUGAUGCUUACAGUUCUGGUAGCUGGCUGAUGCUAGAGAAGCUUGAUGAUCACAGCUCCUGGAGUUAAUUGGUAAUUUAACAGAAAUGUCUGAGAUUUGUUGAUGUUGGUUAAUUGGUUGUAGGGGUUUAUUAUUGUCGGAUCGGAGACUUGUUGAAGUCAUUUUAUGGAUCUUUAAUUUGUGACUAAAGGCUGUUACUAAACCUAAGAUGAAAUAUUUAGCUGUGAAUAUAUGUACUAUUUUUAUGAGUAAUGCCAUUAAUUACUAAUAAUCCCAUGUACCUAUGUUUUUGAAUCAAAGUCUAAUUCUUAAAUGACAUUGGAGCCUUUGGUGAAUUUUUAUUGCUGCAUAUUUUUCGUCACACAAAAUCUUGGGAGAGAUUCGCCCUCUGUAUUUUGAGAAUCCCUGAGCAAUGUUAGUGGCUUACGUUCAUUGGUCGCUGGGACGUCAUGCAGCUCGUAGAUCAUUGCCUGCUUAGGUGCCUGUUUUAUAAUGGAUGUAUUUGUUACAGUAUUCUGGAGUGGUGCGUAGCAGACAUGGUACUCUAUUUAAUCUUCAUUUCACAUCCAGAGAAUUUAGAUUUAACUUCUAGCCAAUGAAUGUUCGGGUUCAACUAGCCAAAAUCUUCUUCUAAAUAAUUACUGCAAUUUAUGUUGCCAUAUUUUCAUCGUUGUUCUUUUUAUCGCGGGCUUUUUACGUUUAUAGUUUCUGAUUUAGUGCUAGCUCGCCCUCACGACUGCUCUUAUGACGACAUAGUCUCUAAAGGCUUGUGCUAGAUGCGUUUUUAGUUGAAUGCAGGUUAUGCCCAAGUAUUGUAUUAGUAUGAGAAUCUUGAUGAUUUCAGGUCCGUUAAUGCGCACUGAAAUAUAUAUUUUUUUUCAUUUCAACUGAACUAAUUUUUCUAAUAGACCACAGUGAUUCUAUUUUCUGGUAUUGACAGCCUCCAGUUCACGUGUAUUUACGUUAAAAAUUAGAAGUUAUUGUUAGGUAAGACAUGCUCAGUUCCAGAAUAACGUAGACACAGUUGGUAGGCUCCUUAGGUAUAGUUUCACUAGUUUAUCUAUCACUAGUUUGCUUGAAUUAAAAUUAGAGUAGUAGACGUAUUGUAGUAAUAAAAUAUUUCUAUUUAAAUGAUCAUUCAUUGGUGCAGUUAAGUAGUUUAUUGUAAAAAACAGCUUGAGGAUGAGGCAUUAUUGAAUAUGAGAAAGUAUUUACUGUUUUUUAUUGUAUUUAUAUAGUGAAAAUAUUAUUGUAGCACCAACUGUUUCUGAAAGAUACCCAUAUUAUUUUGUAUGCUCAGGUUAGCAAGAGACUGCUAAUUCUUUCUUUGAUGUAUAAUUGCACUGAGUCUUUGAAUGUAAUUCACCGAGUCCGUUCCAUUAUAAGCUUGCACUCUUAUUCUUGCAUCAAGGUUCUUCAUCACUUGGCUUCCAUGAUAAUUUUUUUCGCCCGAUUGCGCCUGGCGUUCUUUCCGUGAAAUUUGAUGUUUCAAAUGUCUUCGUGUAUGUGUGUUUGUGUGUGUAUGUCGCAAUACACACACAAUACAAUAGGCCUCGCAAUAUCUACAGGCCAUUUGGUGUCUAGAUUGUUGUUUGUAGGAGCUGAAUGCUAUUCUGGAACCAUUAUUCUCAUGAACUCUGUGUGGCUCUCUGACUGCCAUACAUUAAUAUUCGUUUGUUCAACUUCAUUUGUGUGUUAAUCAUGCGCUCUGACUGUGUCUAAUCCACCACUCUCUCAGCUCGUCGAAGUUAUCUAUGAUGAAUUACUUGCACUAUCAAAAGUACAUAUAGCGUUCUAAGUACAAGUAGCGGCCGAUUUCUCCUUUCUGAUUGGUGGGUUUAGCUAAAAAAGCCCUCAGUGAUUGGUGGGUUAAGCUAGAAAAGCCUUCAGCGAUUGGUGGGUUAAGCUUGAAAGGCCAUCAGUGAUUGGUGGGUUUAGCUUAAAAGGCCGUUAGUGAUUGAUAAUAUAAGCUUGAAAAACCAUCGGUGAUUGGCUGAGAGUUACAAAUUCUAAAUUAUUUUUAAAAAUACGAGCGCAGGCAAUUCCGAGUCACGAGACUACUGGGUUAUGACGCAGACUAGUGCUCAAAUUUGACAAGGACUUAUGAUCAACUAAAAAAAUUAUGUGUAAUCAAAGUUACUUUACAUUGCGAUUAUCCUGUUUUUUAUUGAUUCAAUUUGCUUAUAGUGAUUGAAUGAGCUUAUUAAUGUUGUACUUUUUAAGACGGAGUUUAUUUCAUCGAGAUCUCGGAUUCAUUGGCUUUACAUCCUGUAACUUGGUCGCGUUGAUGCUCAUUUUCUGCUUAUAUACUGUAUAUAUAUUCAACAUUGAUUUAUUCUUUGUUGAACCGCUUUCAUAUCAUUCACUUGGACCUGCCCAAUUUGAUUAUUCAACUGCCUUGGUAUCGGAGCUGUGCUAAAGGGCCCGAUUUUAACUGUCGCGGAAAUAGAAAUGUAUUGAUCAUUAUGCUUCGGAGCUGACUGGUGGUGUUGAAAGCAGAAAUUGGCCGUCAUAUUUUUAUAUUAAUAACGUUAAAGAAAGUAUUUGGUUUAAGUUCUAUUUGGUGCAUGUCAACCCAUCGUGGUAAUAACAGUAUUUUACCAAUGACUACGACUCACGGUUUGGGUUCAUGGUGAAUGGCUGCUGCUGUGCGUUCUAAAUGUGGUUUUAUUACUUGUUACUGUUGAUAAAUUGAUUAUUUUUGUUUUUGCUUUUGAUCGACCCAAAAUUUUCUGGUAGAUUUUGUUGUAUAAGGUCUUCGUGCAAUAUUUGUUUUAUUGUAAUGUACUUACCUUCUGCAGAUUAAAUGUUUGAACGUUGCGUUUAAAAGUCAA